AUUCUUGAUCAACGAUGGAAACCGCACGUCACUUUGCAAUAUGGGAUUAUGUCAUCUUCGGGGUGAUGCUACUCUUCUCGGCAGCGAUCGGCAUCUAUUUCGCCUUUUCCGGUGGACGCCAGCGUACGGCCGAAGAGUUCUUUCUAGGAGAUCGGAAAAUGGGCAUGAUACCAGUUGCGAUGUCGGUCGUUGUCAGUUUCGUGUCUGCCAUAUCGGUCAUUGGAACUCCAGGCGAGAUCUAUAUGUAUGACACUAUGUUUGCUUGGUCACUGGUGUCAUACGCGGUUUCAAACUGCCUCAUCAUACGCCUCUUUCUUCCAAUUUUCUUUCGUUUACGCAUUACCAGUGUUUACCAGUAUCUCGAGAUGAGGUUCAAUCGAACAGUAAAAACUGCCUGCACAAUUAUAUUCUCCAUCCAAACAGUACUCUACAUGGGGAUUGCAAUGUACACACCCGCACUCGCGAUCAAUGCAGUUACUGGAAUGGAUCUGUGGGCUUGCGUUGUUUCUACUGGUGUCAUCUGCAUAUUCUACACCUCAGUGGGCGGCAUGAAGGCCGUGUUGUGGACCGACACACUACAGACGGUUAUCAUCCUGCUCGGCGUGAUCGCCGUCAUCGUCAAAGGAUCAAUCGACGUCGGUGGCGUAGGGGAAGUCUUCCGCAUUGGUCAUCAAGGAGGAAGGAUCAAGCUUGAUCAGUUUAGUGUCGACCCACGAAUCCGCUACUCAGUGUGGAGUAUGAUGUUGGGGAUGUUAACAACGAAUAUUGGGACAGGUGUGAACCAAACUGUUAUCCAGAGACUCUUUUCAUGUGGAUCAAGAAGGAGGGCUGCACAGGCGCUUAUACUUGCUACCAUCAUCAAAUUCUUUACUGUGGGACUUUGCAUCUUUUCUGGGGUAGUUAUGUACGCGUACUACGUAGACUGUGACCCCUAUACACAAGGACUCGUGAAGUCACAGGAUCAGAUCAUGCCAUUGAUGGUUAUGGAUUUGCUUGGUGAUAUGCCUGGCCUCCCUGGACUCUUCCUUUCAGCUGUCGUCAGUGCUUCCAUCAGCACAUUGUCUUCUGGCGUGAACUCAUUGGCAGCUAUAUCCGGCGAGGAUGGCGUGAAGGUCUUCUGGCCUAACAUCAGCGAGAGGAAUUACGCCAGGGUUAUCAAAUCCCUCGCUGUACUGUACGGUGUUGUGAGUAUUGGAUUCGCCUUCAUUGCUAGUAAAUUAGGACAGGGUGUAUUAGAGCUGUGUCUUUCGCUCAUCGGUAUCACAUCUGGUUCAAUAAUUGGAGUAUUCUUACUGGGUAUUUACAUGCACCGAAGCAACGCAAAGGGCGCACUCACGGGUCUCUUUACUAGCGUGCUUUUCGUCGGUUGGAUAAAGGUCGGUUCCAUACUUUAUCCGUCAUCUCGAGGAAAGAAUUUCCUCUCCGUAGAAGGUUGUCCGGUCCCAAAUAUAACCGAGUCAAUGGUAACCGGCGAACCGGUUACCAUGAUUACAACACAGAUUACAGACGUGUUUUCAAUGCAAGAGGAUAAACCAGAAUCAAGGCCCGGCAUAGCUGAUUUGUACGCUAUAUCGUUUCUGUACUAUUCCAUCAUUGGCCUAAUCGUCUGCACUGUUGUAGGAGGUAUAGCAAGCAAGAUCACAGGUUUCACUGACCCAAAUACCAUCGACCCAAGACUAAAGAACAACUUGACAGACGCCCUCUUUUGGUGGUUACCAGAAUCAAUGAAAACUAGGAUGCGAUGUGGAAUUGAGAAAGUCAUUUAUGAUGACGAAGAUGAUACUGACGAAGUCAAGGAUAGUGCUGACUUCAGCGGCACAAAGGGGAAAAUGAAUGAAAUAUACGCCGACGAGAAGAGCAUGGGUUCCGUGCAAGAUAACGGCAAACACUCCGAGAAAAUAUGUACACCAGUUUAAAGUCACAUAAGGCAUUUCUUUUCAUUGAAAACAGUUUUCAUUGAAAAUUAAUUUGAAUUAUUCAUUACCAGCUGACGUCAUUAAAUGCUACUGUAAAUUACUUUUUGGUACAGUUAUCUUACUCUCCAUGGCCAUACAUCAGCCCAAGGCUAAGCCGAGCUUGGCCGAAGAAUUUCUCCUUGGUUCAGCGACUUUGCUUUCCCCAAACAAUAUGUGAUUACAGGCACUAUCAAUGCUUUUAACAAUGUCCUGGAACAUCAAUCAACAAUUCACCUUCUAUGAAAACUGCAUGAUAUAAAAUGACCUUCAUUGUUUGUUUUGUUAAAAACUGAGAAGUCCUCGGGAUUGGAUUCAUUUUUGUUUAAUACCUAGUAAUUCCCAAAAUGGAACCAAUCAAUUUAGAACACAUAGGAAAAGGUUUUCAAAUCAAUUGAGAGUCGGUGCAGAGUAAUUAACGAUUAUACCGUGAGUAAAAAAAAAAGACUCCGCAAAAACCCUUAAUUUAAGGAAAGAAAUAUUUCAUAAACACAUAAUUAUUAUACAAUGGCCUGAAAGAGUAUCUUCUCCCGAAUAGUUAGAUACCAUAUUUGUGUGGUAUGUUUUCGCCCUGGAUAAUCAGUAGGUAUUCUUUGCCGGGAUGUAAAUUUUGAUUUUCGCUAAAGUCAUGACUGAAAGGAAUGAAUCCAGAUAUCAAUAAUGUUAUAUUCCUAAAUGAGAGACCAAACGUAUUUGCGAAGUCCUUUACAAUGAAAUUAGAGAAUUGAUACUACAAAGUGUUAUUAACACAUUAUAAUUUAAUUAUUGAAAAACUGUUUUGUAAUGAAUUUUAAUGCGACCCUUUUAGGAGGAAUGUCAUUGAGGGUGACACUAUGAACUUCACGCUUUUGUAUUUUUCUUAAUAGUUUUCCCUUCAUAAUGCAUACUUAGAUUGUAAUCUGCAGUAUCUCUGUUAUUACCACUGCAUUGCUUACAUAGAUUUUUGUAUUCUAUUGUACUGUAUCAUACUGUGUUUGUCU